UGUUGUGAUAAACUUAUUAAAUAGAUCGUGAUGUCUUAGUGUCGUUUGGAAGAUGUCGGAUAAAGAGGGUUCUAAGUUUCCAAAAAAUAUCGAGGAAUUUCUACUGCAACAAAACCUGGAUGAGUGGCCUCAGAAACUGUCUGCUGAAGGAUCCCUGCUGGUCAGUGUAGACUCUGUGUUGGGAUCCAAGGAGGACAUCAGGGACACAUUGAAGAGUGCCGCUCCACUUCGCCUAGAGGUUCUGGAUGAACUGGAAGAUCGACUACUGAAAUUGGAGAGCGAAUUGGUCCAGUACUCCUCAAUGACCUUGACUGACAUUGUAAGACCUUCUAAAAUCAAAGACGGUAUCUUCAACGUACCGAAAAAAGCUGAAAUCAUGGAACAAACUGGCAAUGGAAUUGAAGCUUUCAGAGAAGAACUGCAGAAAAAACAGAGACGAAAGAAGGCUGGAGUGAACGGCGACGCCAGCUCAAAGAGCGUGGAGGCAACACACUUCCCAGGGUUUUUCCCUAAAGAAAUGCUCGAUUUUCCCGGUCAGUAUGAGGCCCCAGUCCUGAUGAAUGCUGUGACGAAUCGUCAAAGUUUCAAUCCCGGCUUCAUGAAAUUCUGGAAGCGCAUCUUUCAAUCGGAGGCUUCUGUCGCAAUAAUGCAGGACACUUUCUGGUGGAUAUUUCUCGACAAGUUUGAAGGCAAGUACACAAAACAGAGGUCUGCACGUGAUGGUGGCAGUGGAGAAGGAGAUGGCGAAAGUGGAUCUAGUGUGGCGAGUGGUAUGAUGGGUGAGCGAGAAGUACAAGUGGCCAAGGACAGAUUGUUCAACCGAAUCGCAGACAGCUUUGUAGCCAUGCUUUUCAGUAUACAUCCAGACAUGAAGGACAAAUUCCUCAAUGUGUAUCCAGACGUGUUGGCUCAGGCCAUCUGUGCUUCAUACGUGGAAUGCUUCCCCAUGUCUAAAAUUCUGUUCAACGACAACUUCAAGCAUUACGUGGCCACGAUCUGCUUCCAAUGGAUAUCUGGAAUUAAGCCUGGACCCAUGCACCUGCGUGAUUGGAAUGUUGACAAACUAAUGGCAUCGGCAGACAUCUCUAAUCCAAUUCUGGACGCUGCGAGGUCAGGUGAUACAAGCAGUGCGUCAGGCAAAAAUACCCCGAGAAAGAUAUCUAGGCACGCUGCAACUCAAGAAGAGAAAAACUUUGACCACUGGAAUCAAUUGAGCACGAACACAACUGGAAGAACUCGCAAAGUGUCUCAGUUAAAGUCAUCGGAGAAACAGCAGAAGAAAAAGAGUGGUUCUAUGCCUGUGUGUGGGAGUGACCAGAUGGAGCGACUGCCCUUCAGUGUGUAUGGGAGGAGUCCUCUGGUGGCCCACUGGCUCCACUCAAAAUCCCUAGCCGGCAAAUCCCAACACACCACCGGACCCAACACCAUGAUCAGAGUGCAGGUGGAAAAACUCAAUGAAGAGACUGUGACGUUUCAAGAUGUAAUAGACGAGGUAAAGGACAAUGCUGCGAUUAGAAGGAGAGAAGUGGCACGAAUUGAAAAGGAAACAAAACGAGAAAUUCGGAGGAUCGAUGAGAACUUGAAGGUACAAUUGCGAAGUCUGAAGAACUUGGAGCAAAAAUUGGCCAAAGACCCUUUGCCAAGUUACAGAUCGAAGAAGGACAGUAGUAUUAGCAUUGAUCGGAGUAAACUGGAAAUGUCGUCAGAUAACCAAUAUAUUAAUUAAUUAUUAUUCACUGUAGAUUUUGUACCAUUCAUCUGCUGUAAAUUGUGUACAUAGUAGAAUUGAAAAAAACUAAUGCUGGAUUUCUUCGAAUAGUAAGUAGCCAGUUGCCGUGCAGAAAAGUUUUUCUUGAUGAUUCAGGCGAGUAAAAUAAAAUAUUCACAAGA